AUGGAUAUGAACGGAAGGAUCUCUUCUAACAAUGGUAUUGGUAAUGGGUUCCUUGAGAAUUUGGAGUUGAAUUACAUAACAUCGUUAGAAUCAUUUGAUCAUCAUCAGGUGCCUUUGAGCUUGAUUAACGGGCAACCUGCAGUAGGUUUAUCUGCAGGACAUCAUCAUGACCAAGACGAUAUCUCCAUGACCAGUAGAACAUAUUCACCCGAUAUUAAUGGAAAUCUGCGACCUCAUCCUCUUCAGCCGCCGCAGCAGCAGAGGGAUUACUUGGUCAUGGGUGGUGCCAUGCCCGUCCACCAUCUCACUCCUAUGCAAUUCAGACUUCAUCAAGAAAUGCAUUCUCACUUGGCUUGGCAGCAGACACAGAUGAAUUAUAAUCUACAAUACAUGAACAAUGUCAGGCCCAUCCAGAGUAGUGCUCCUGCUGCUGCUACUAGACCGUCUUCAUCAAGGUGUGACAUCCGCACUAAUACUUCAAAUAUUCCCAUCUAUCAACAUAGAUCAAUUACAACUGGUAGAAGAAGAAGGAACCUGACUCGAGGAAUUAUCAAUUUAAUCAACACACAAUCUGAGCUUGUAACCUCCAUCCUUCAAUCAAGUGACCGAGCUGCUGUUAUCGUCACGAGUCAUCGUCCACUCGUAAACAUAAUGCCUAAUGAGACAAUAUCAGUGAAUUCAACUGGAGAACUGGAAGUGGAUCAUGAAGCUGGAUUGAGCGAGGGACAGAUUAUGAUGAGUGUGAAGAGAUUCAAGAGUGAGAAUGAUGGAGAAGCCUGCUGCAUUUGCCUGGAAGAUUAUAUCCAUGGAGAGGAUAUAUGCAAACUGCAUUGUAAUCAUAUUUACCAUUUUGAUUGCAUAAAGAGAUGGCUGAUGCAAAAGAAUUUCUGCCCAAUGUGUAAAGCGCCUGCUAUGUAUUUUGAUGACAUUCAACCGUCCCACCAAACCGCCCGUCCACAACAAGCAGCACCGUAA